CCAGGGCAGCGCAGGGGCACCAGAGAAGAGAGGAGAAGAAGAAGAAGAAGAAAAGAGGAGGAGAAGGAGGAGGAGAAGAGACAAAGUGGAUCACAUCAACAGCAGCAGACUGAACCCAGGACAUGUCCGUCAGGUCUGAGUCUGUUUCACCCUCAGCCAAUCAGAGCCUUCGUUAACAGCAGCGUCGGCGCACGAUUGGGAGAAGGAUGGCGACCAUGCCGUUCGUUAGCGAAGGGAAGUGCGUGAGUGUGGAGUGGGACUUUCUGCAAGGACUGCUGGCCAAGCCUCCCACCCUACCCUGCCUGCAAAACCUUCGUAAAGAGAAGUCUCGCAAUGCGGCUCGUUCACGCAGAGGGAAGGAGAAUUUUGAGUUCUUUGAGCUGGCGAAGAUGUUGCCACUACCUGGGGCCAUCACCAGCCAGCUGGAUAAAGCCUCAGUCAUCCGGCUCACCAUCAGCUACCUGCACAUGCGCACCUUUGUCAGCCAGGGGGACCCGCCCUGGAGCCCCCUGAUGGAGGGCGACAGCAACUGCGGCAAAGUAAGACGAUCAUCCCAUUCGCUAGCUACUGACAUAUUUGAGCUGCACCUCGGGGCUCACCUCCUGCAGUCUCUGGAUGGCUUUGUGUUUGUGGUCAGUCAGGAGGGACGCUUCCUCUACAUCUCAGAGACAGUGUCUAUCUACUUGGGACUCUCGCAGGUGGAGCUGACCGGCAGCAGUGUGUUUGACUACAUCCACCCUGCAGACCACGUUGAGAUGGCAGAGCGACUUGGAAUCAGGCCGCAUCUGAGGGCCGAGGCCGGCUGCCACGUGGCUCCAGAGAGCGCUUCCAGCUCCGCGUCCGCCUCGUCCCUGGCUGGUACUCCUGAGCCAGCUCCAUCUAGUCCCCACACUCCUGCCGACGAAAGUCCUGAUCGUGGCUACUUCAUCCGCAUGAAAUCCACACUCACCAAAAGAGGCCUGCAUGUCAAGUCUUCUGGAUACAAGGUAAUUCAUGUGACGGGAAGAAUCCGCUGCCGCCCCGCGCUCAUGUCAGGCUCCGGGCGCUCAGUGCGUCGACCUAUGGGUUUGGUUGCCCUGGCGCACACACUCCCGCCUUCCACACUUAAUGAAGUCCGCAUGGAGAGCCACAUGUUUGUCUUCCGAGUGAACAUGGACCUGCAGGUCACGUAUUGUGAGAACAGGAUCUCAGAGUAUAUGGAUCUGACCCCAGCAGAGGUGGUGGGACAUACCUGUUACCACUUCAUCCACGUAGAAGACUUGGAAAACCUUCGGCAAAGCCACGAGGACUUGCUGAGGAAAGGCCAGGUAGUGACGGGUUACUAUCGUUGGCUGCAGAGGAGAGGAGGCUACCUGUGGAUCCAGUCCACAGCCACCGUCUCCAUCAACCACAAAGCCCCGCACGAACGCAACGUCAUCUGGGUCAACUUUGUCCUCAGUCGAACGGAGUUGCCCGACACUCCGCUGGAUCUGCUGCAGCUACCGGAGGGUGUAAGAGCAGAGAGACUUCGGGUUAGCUCCUCUCCCACCGUCACCUCCCCACAGACACGAGGUUCCCAGUCAGUGAAAGGCUCAGCCAGGAAGGGGGAACCUGACACUAAGGGCAGAGAGAAAUUCACUCCCGCCGCCAUUCAGUCAGAAGACCGGAGGAAGCGCCUUCUGAGGUCCGAGCCCGAGGGCGCUCCCCCCGAAACCCGUCGCAGACUGGAGGACCUGCGUCACACUGAGGAGAGCGUGUCCGCCUCCUCAGACUUGGCAAGUGACAGUGAGGGGGAGGAGGAGGAAGAUACACAGUGGGACCAGGGGGGAGAAGACGGUGACAGACUCAAACAGGAAGACGGUGCAGGAGGAGGUAAACACAACAGAGGAGAAGACAACCCGACUAGAGGAGAGAGAGGAGGCAGGGGGUACAACGGCCGCGCUGUGAUACAGCAGCUAAAGAGUGCAGUGACCCUGUCUCCUCUGUCCGGCAGCCCCAACAUCAAGACUGAACAUGACUCCCUGACCACCGGGGGCCGCUGGGGUUCACACACACAAACCUCCACUACCCAGCACCAACCGUCACAUGCACACACACCCUCCAGCAGUCUCAAUGGCGACAGCCCCACCACUCCGAUCCCUGACUCCUCCUCCAGCAGUGAAGCCCCUCCUAAAGGUUUGUUCACUCCCCCGUCCCCUGCCUUGUCCCCCGCCAUGUCCGUGUCCUCCCCGCUGCCCCGUGAGGAGAGGGCAGUGUCAGGCGUGGUCAAUCGCGGCGGCGGCGGCGUCGGCGCAGGUUGCGGCCCUGACUUUGAGCUGCUCCAGAGACUGGCUGCAGGCGGCGCUGCGGGUCGGGUCCUCUUUCACCCCCUUGCCCUCGGCCCACAGGGCCCUCAGAGCCUUUACGCCCCAAGCACUAUCCGCUACGCUCCACCUGAGCUGCCUCCGUCACACCACCACGGCGCAGGACACGGUGAUGGCCUGCAGCUACGCUCAGACCACCACAAGGGACCCCCGCCCGCCUUCUUUCCCCACCUACAGCGGCUGGCCGGCCUACCACCUUUCAGUGGUUUCUCGCCGUCUGACAGUCCGUUCUCCUCCAGCCUGCCCUUCUGUAUGAAUGGACUGAGGGGGGCUGCGGGCUCUGAGGAGGACUGAGGGUGGAAAGGGGGACGUGAGGGGAGAAGAUGAAUAUGAAGGAUGGAGCGGGGUGACAGAACAGAAAGAGAGAGACGUUGAAAAGGGCAAGACAGACGGAAGUGGCAGGAUAUUUAGGCCUCUAAGGACAUUACUAAUUGGACAAUGAGUUGAAUAACUGAGAUCUAAAGUGUGUGACACGUUGCUGCCACGGGGAAUUAUUAUGUGUCCGUCCACUGUGGACAAGUGACAGUGAUUUGCAAUGAAAAUGGGACAUGGAAACUUUUGACUGGUUGUCCCUCAAGACUUUCCUUCUUUACAACAAUAAUGAACUCUGCUCCGUGUAUUUCUCUAGAUGACUGUGUUGAUUUUUGUGUCUCUUCCACUCAGAGAAGCCAUAAUUGUAUAUAGAGACGAAACCAUAAAGACCCUCAGCUCACACCCUCCUCACGCUCACCCUAAUUAACCCAAUUAACUCUGAGGACAGUAGACCGAUAUGGACACUUGUCUGUAGGAACGAAAGUGACUUUUGAAUUAAAACUUUUAUUAUUGCAGUAUCACACACACAUCAUCUCUUACACUGAGAUCCAGGUGAGAAUUUGAUCGUAGGGUUUACCAUAAACUAGAUUGAGAAAAGCCCUCAAGUGUUUUUGUUUGUUUGUUUUUUGUAUUAAGAGUCAAAAUAUUAAUAAUAAUAAUGAUAAUGAUAAUAAAAAAAAACAAGUAUUCAUCAGUCAGCCAUACUUAAAGCACACCUUUGGGACAAAAAUAUGAAUAAUGUCGUCCCAAACAUUCCAUUAUAUAUAAAGGAAGAAAAUGCAAUGCAGACCAGAUACUAUUUCUGUUGUUUGAUUACAGGAAGCUCAUUUGUUUCACUAAAUAUUAAAAUAUAGUAUACUCUGUAUGAUGAUACGAUUGUGUUUGUGUAUGAAAGCCAUAUUUUCUGUUUUUGUUUUUAUUGAUUUUUCUUUUUUUGGAACCAGAUAAAACCGAUGGAUGAACAGUGUGAAAAAUGUGUCUAGACAGACAAAAUAACAUAGUUUUACUGGAUGCACAAUGUCAUGUAUUGUUUUGGGUUUUUUUUUUUUUCCUUGUUAUUGUCUAAAAGUUAUUUCUGUAAAAUGUUUUAGGAGGGAGGGAAUGGUGCUGGACAAAAGUGUUUUAUUGUCAUUUAAACCUCUGCGUUUUUCUGAGCACUUACCAGGAUUUGUUCUGGUGUGAACUCGAAGCACUUCAUCACUUAACGCUCACUGUGUGAUCCUGUUAAAACAGAAAACAAUGCAAGAGUGGUCACUAAUAUCUUAUCCUGACCACAGUGUCAUAGAGGGAAAAACACUCAUUUAAAAAGGCAGGUAAAAAAAAAUAAAAAUAAACAAAUAAUAAUAGCAGACCACAUGUGGUCAUUAAAAAGGUGACCAUCAGAGGUCAAUAAAAAUGACCAUAAUUACACUGAUAUUGAUUUCAAUUAUUCAGUCAAAUUUAAAAAAGAAGAAGAAAUAAAGUAAAAAAAAUAAAAGAAAAGUGGAAAUAUAAACACUUUAAAUUUCAGUUUUUUGCUGAUUGAUUCAUCAUCUCAGGACUGUAACACUUUUAUAGGAAAAAAGUAAAUAAAUUAGUGCUCAGAAUAUUUCACCUCCCAUCCGAGCUGCAGUCCCGAGUCGCGUGGCUGUCGUCUCAUCCACUCAGUUUUAUUUUCACAAUGCAAUAUUUCCAAUGUGACCCCUUUUUACCAAAAUGAAGACUAUGAAGAAUUAUGGGGAAAAAAAGUGAAAAUAGUCCCCUUUUUUUUCUUUCCAAUAUUAUAGAAAUGCUAAAUAAAAGUCACGUCAUCCUGUAGCACUUUGAAUUAAAUCCUUCAAAUACACUUGAAUUUAUAUAAUCUGUCAAAAAAGCAACAGAGUUUCUCCUUAAUUUAGGUUAUGAUUGACUGUUUGAUCUGAGGGCUCAGAUGUUUCACGGGAAAUAAAAGAAUAAUAAAAAAAACAUAUAUACAUUUCUAAUUGUUCAGAUCCAACAUGCACUGCACACCCUAAACUGUAGCUGCCACACACAAACACGUGUGAGCGCACAUAUUCUCGGGUGUUUAAUGCUAUAAAGGUAUAAAUGAGUGUGUGUGUGUGUGUGUGAGAGAGUGUGUGUGUGUCUUUUUUUUUUUUAAAUAGCUAACCCGUUGCCCAUCACUGUGAAUCUAAUGUUAUACUCCCAUCAUUGUGAAUACUCCGCCUGCUCAUCAAAUAAAAUGAACACAUGUAAAAAGAAAAACAGUGAUACAGAUGAUGAUAACAUUAAAAUAUUCCAAUAGAGGAGCACAACUCA